UAAAGUAAUGCGCCGGCGAGCGGAACGCACGGAAUCGGGGCCCCGAGACACCGCGUGCGUUACACGGCUUGGAGCGAUGGCUGACGAAACAUCGAGGGACACGUCGUUGCUGAUUCGCGUGAAGGAGCAGUGCGAGGUGGUGCGACGACUGAAAGCCGCGAAAGUCAACAGCACACAGGAACAGCACACAGAGCGGUCUGAUAUAAGUGUUGAGUUAGACGGCUUGAACGAUGAUUUUGCGGAUAUCAGCUACGCUGGUGGUUGGUGCCCUACGUCCAGAGACGCCGAACUGUACGACGCGUUGCGCGUCGUCCUUAACGAUGAGCUCGCAAGGUGGCCGCAUCUGUGCAGGUGGCACAUUAACAUGACAAGCUUCACCCAGGAGGAGCGCCUGGCGUUUCCCGCUGCCGCGGAAACGCCGCUCGCUGCUUCCCUGGCGGCAAAGGUCGAGCGGCUAAAGAGCACUCGCUAUAUUAGCAAAAGUAUGCUAGACAAAAAGAUAGCGGAGGAGGUUGCCAAGCUGCUGGACCUGAAAGCACAAUUGGGCGAGGAGAAUGGCUGCCCUCACAAACUCAUCCUCAAAACGCCGAAAGGCACGAGGGAUUACAAUCCGGAGCAAAUGGCGCUGCGACUGGGAGUACUGGAGAAAAUAAUAUCGGUAUUCAAGCGUCACGGCGCCGAGACGAUAGAUACGCCUGUAUUCGAGCUGAAGGAUGUCCUGACGGGUAAAUACGGCGAGGACUCCAAGCUCAUCUACGACCUGAAGGACCAGGGCGGCGAGAUCCUCGCACUUAGAUACGAUUUAACAGUUCCUUUCGCGAGAUAUCUGGCCAUGAGCAAGAUCUCGUCCAUCAAACGAUAUCACAUCGCCAAGGUCUACCGACGGGAUAACCCAGCGACGACGAAAGGCAGAUACAGGGAAUUUUAUCAAUGUGAUUUCGACAUCGCCGGCCAGUACGACCCGAUGCUACCGGACGUGGAGUGCAUCCGGGUUGUGUGCGAAGCGUUGGAAGCUCUGAACCUGGGGCCAUACUUGAUCAAAGUGAAUCACAGAUCCUUGCUGGACGGCAUAUUCGCCGCGAGCGGCGUGCCGCAGAGUAAAUUCCGCGGUAUCUGCUCCGCCGUGGACAAGCUGGACAAGAGCCCGUGGGAGGAGGUGAAGAAAGAGAUGACGGACGAGAAGGGAUUGGACGAGCAUAUCGCCGAUAAGGUCGGCAAGUACGUCUCGCAGUCCGGUGGCGUGGAACUGGUGGCGGAGUUGAGAAAGGACAAAGAGCUGAUGAAACAGACCGUCGCUGUACAGGGCUUGGACUCUAUGGAACUGUUGCUGAAGUACUGCCGCAUCUACAAAAUUCUCGACAAAAUUAAGUUCGAUUUGAGUCUCGCGAGGGGACUCGAUUACUACACGGGUGUUAUUUACGAAGCUAUAUUAUGUGGGGACGACGUCGGUGUUGGAAGCGUGGCAGGUGGCGGCCGUUACGAUAAUUUGGUGGGAAUGUUCGACAGCAAGAACAAAAAUGUAUCCUGUGUCGGCGUGUCGGUGGGCGUGGAGCGGAUAUUCAGCGUUAUGGAGGCGAAAUUGGCGAACAAGGGCCUGAAGACGCGCACCGCCGAGAUCGAGGUGUUCGUGGCGAGUGCGCAGAAGAAUCUGCACGAGGAGAGGAUGAAGAUACUGGUGAAUCUGUGGGAGGCCGGCGUGAAGGCGGAGCAGUCCUACAAGAAGAACGCCAAGCUCCUGGCGCAGCUGCAGCACUGCGAGGAGAACGGCAUCCCGCUGGCGAUAAUUGUCGGGGAGGGCGAGCUGGCGAAAGGUGAAGUUACACUGAGAGUCGUCUCGACGCGAGAGGAGACUCGCGUACCACGUGGCAGCCUCGUCGAGGAAAUACGGAGGCAGCUAAAUACGUUGUCGUAGCAUCCCCGUGUACGUCUCUCACGCCGCCGAGAGAUCUACAUCAGUACAAGAACAUAUUUAUACUACAUUUAGUUUCAUUUUUUUUUCUCGAUCCGUGCGAUCCGGAAAAGUCUAUUUAUUAGAUUUUGCAUGAAUUUACUUGUAUCGCACGACGUGCUAACGACCGUGAUAAACUUACUUGUCACCGAUAGAUGCUAAUUGUGUGAUACAUCGAGUGAACGCACGAAGUGUGUAACGAUGUUCCACACUUACCGCUCUUACGUUACCUGCGUGAACAUUAGACAAUUUCUACGUGGAUUAACCUCCUUUAAUCGAAUUUCUCCGUAUGAAAUCUGUGCAAUUUAACCAGAUUACUUGACUGGUAAUAAUUCACAGCUUCGAGCUACCGCUCGACAAACCAAAUACAUUUUCAUAAUUUAUUCUGCAAGAACUUGUCAAUAAAAUGUUGUAAAUUUCGUAAA